AUGUCUUUAUUCGGCACAUCCCCAGAGGAUCCCUCGAUGGGUGACUCUGCCCAUAGAAGCAAGUCCUCGCUGUUUGCCGACGAACCGGCUACGGGCGGCUCGUCGCUGUUCGCUGAUGACGACGGCGACGAGAACGGCCCUCCUUGGAACAUCCAAAAUAACACAGCGAAAAGAACAGCCCGUCGCGAUCUGGUUCGCACCUUGCUUCCUACUGCUGAUGUGCCUGAGAGCUAUAUCGACGCGUACGAUUUGAUUUUGAACAGCGGGGAUAGGGUCGGCUCCGGCAUUGGGUUGACCUCCGUUCGGGAGAUUCUUUCGAGCAGUGGGCUGACUGCAACAGACCAAAGCAAGGUCCUGAAUCUGGUUUCUUCUGGGGAUCAUGAGAGCUUUAGUGGACUGGGUCGUGGAGAAUUCAAUGUGCUAUUGGCGCUGGUCGGCCUAGCACAAGAAGGCGAGGACCUAUCUCUUGAUGCUGUGGACGACCGUCGUAAGAAAUUACCCCAACCGAAAGCUGGCUAUCUCGACCGGCUACGAACGACUAGCGACGCGAACUCUGAACGACUAUAUCAGCAACCUGCUACUCCCCCUUCCCAACCUCCUCCUCCUUUGGCGAACUCGGGCUCCACACGGUCGGAACAGCCACGGCGGGAAUCAUUGGUCGGAUUGGAGUCAGACCCGUGGGGAAGUCCACAAUUACACCGAGGCCACAACCAUGAGACAAUAGUGGCUGAACCACCUGCCUUGAAUGGCUUCGGCAGUGUGCGAUCUACGGCAGACCCUUGGUCUACCGCGCCAGUUGAAGAUACCACACCGAGCAACGCGGGCCAACAGGGGCAUGUUAACGGCCGGACCGAGCCUGUGCCGCCCAGCAGUUCUGGGUCUGGCUGGGGGAAUAAUAAUUUUGGUGGCCCAAACGAACGGAGCUUUGAGGCCCCAGUACCUCCCGCAUUAGGUGGUUUCGGUCCUCCAGGGGAUGAGCCUCCCAUCAUUGCACCGCGGCGACGGUCCAUUAACUUCGGUCGAUCGACCAAUCCGCAUGUAGAGGAGACUGUUACCGUUACGUUGCUCCCGGAGAAAGAGGGAUUGUUCAUGUUUCAACACCGAAACUACGAAGUGAAGUCUGCCCGUAGAGGCAGCACGGUUAUACGGCGUUAUAGCGACUUUGUCUGGCUGUUGGACUGCCUUCAAAAGCGAUUUCCUUUCCGGCAGUUGCCUCUUCUUCCCCCUAAGCGGGUUUCAGUCAAUGGCACUCACCUUUCAGCGGAUUCAUCUUCCUUCCUCGACAAGCGCCGACACGGACUCGUUCGAUUCACCAAUGCCCUCGUCCGCCAUCCCGUCCUCGGCCAGGAGCAGCUCGUGAUUAUGUUUUUAACGGUACCAACGGAACUCUCCGUGUGGCGGAAGCAGGCCACAAUAUCAGUUCAGGACGAAUUUGUUGUUCGCAGCGGUGUCAAGCGUUCUGCUGAAAUUUAUAUUAAUCUUUGUACUUUGCUGGAGCGACUAGCCAAGCGUAACGACGGGUUGGCUGCUGAUCACCUCCGUUUUUCUCUUGCUUUGCAAUCUUUGACGGAAGUCACCAAAGACACGUACGCAGUGGAUACCAAUGACAUCCCAGCCCUUAAUGAAGGUAUCACCGCUACGGCUCGGCACCUCUCUGCCAGUCAAAGUCUGUUGGAGGAUGAAGCCCGAGGAUGGACCGAGGGUGUUCUGGAAGACCUCAAACGACAACGGGAUUGCUUGGUCAGUGUACGUGAGAUGUUUGAUCGGCGGGACCGUUAUGCACGAAACAACAUCCCGCAGCUGGAACGACGCAUUGAGACCAAUGAGCGGAAGCUGCAGGACCUUCGCGCCCGGCCUGCUGGUACUGUAAAGCCGGGGGAGAUUGAGAAGGUUGAGGAUUCAAUCUUCAAGGACAAAGAAUCCAUUGUGCAACAACACGCGCGGGGCGUCUUCAUCACCGAAUGCAUCCGCGACGAACUCAUUCACUUCCAGCAGAGUCAAUAUCACAUCAGCCGUCUGCAUCAAGACUGGAGUCAAGAGCGUGUCAAGUACUCUGAGCUGCAGGCAGAGAAUUGGCGUGGCUUGAGCGAUGAGGUUGAGGGGAUGCCUACUGGAGUGUAG